AUGGACGUUGCCCAGUUCCCGACCAAUGUCCUGGUGACAGUCGACUUCGCCCGCACGAUUCAAACCAUUCGAACCCUCGGCGAAUCGUAUGUGCUCGACGCGUACCAGCGGCCGGUGCAGUGGAUUUUGACCAGCGUCGGUGGUGACGAGUCAGACUCCAGGGACAACAACAACAACAGCCGCUGCAGUUCCAUCAAGCAUCUCGUCGUCAUCAGCCCAUAUGAAGCACGAGAGCUCCAGCCCGCCGUGAGACGCUCCACCAGAGUGACACUCCAUCUCUACGCCCCUCGGCCAAACCUGGGCAUCCGCCCGUUGGAUGGGUUGGAUUUGUACAAUGUUUCAGCGAUUCGAAUGUCACCGACACCACCGAUCGAUCUGGUCACUCAACUCAAUCUGUUUUCCGGCCAGCUCUAUCUGAAAUCUUUCAGUGAGUAUGUCCAGGUCUGUAACACCCUCCGCCUCGCCUGGCUGGAGGCCGAACCUGGAAGCUCCAUCGCCGCCGAUGGCUUUAUUGUCCGAGACGCCGACUCGUCGGGCCGCAUCCCAACCACGUCGACUUCAACUUUCCUCCAGAGUCCGGUCCCCUUCUUGCGAACGCUCAUGAUGCAGAUUCGGAAUCAUUGCGAGGAAAUAGACAAGACUCACAUGGGCGCCAUCUUGGGUGGGAGACUGCUUUGUCCUUCUGAUUUUGAGGAGCCAUAG